CAACAUUUUGCACGUUAUUUGCAAUUUAUGUUAAAAAAUACUUUUGUUUUGUUACGUUUAUUCGAACGUAAUUAAAAAAACCCACCCCAAUGAAUCGGUUGUUGACCUUACUCUGUCAAAAUGCGGAAAUUUUGGUUAAAAGUAUAAAAUAGGUUUAAAAAUUAAUCCAUGAUAAUAUUAAGUGAAAUUUUCGACCAUGUGUUAUUAUAAGUAAUGUUUAAGUACCACUUUCGCGCGAAUACAGUGACGUGAUAUAUAUGUGAUAAUUAAUUAUACGUAAAAACUUGUUAUUAUAAAGGGCGUUUGCAUUUUUAUAAUUAAAAUUUGUUUAUAAUGGAAACUAAGGAAGAAUACCAUGAUCCGGAUUAUCCUGAAGCUUCUGUAUCUACCCAGGAAGGGUCCUCAAAUUUAACAGAAAAGGAAAAAAUAGAGAAAAUCAAAAACAUUAUACUAAGAGAAUUUGGAAAUGAGUUAGAAUUAAGAGAAAAUGAAGUCAUGCUGGCGAAUCAACGUAUGCAGAAGGCACGUCGGGUGUUAUGCGAGCUGCGCUACCAGCUGGUUCUCCGCUACUACAAGGACCAGAAGCUACAGCUGACCCCAGUCCACUUGCAGGAUGAGGUGGUUGCACAGAAUGAGCCCCGCACAAGGACUGAGGUGACAUCUCUGCUCAGAGAUGGUCAGCGACGUAUCCACCCCUCGCUGCGGAAGUUGCUGGGAAAGAAGACUGUGGACCUGGAGGAGAUCUUAAAGAUCAGGGAGCCCCGGAAGAAGGCAAAGAAGAAUUACUCGGCUAUGAUACAUAAUCGUAACUACACGGUAGCGGCGGAUUCCACAAAGUCCCUCCGACCUGAAUCACACAAACCCGCCGAAGAGAAACCCAAACUCCCUGAAGAAUCAGAAAUAAUAGACAAACCUAAGAAAAUACCACGGCAUCUGGACCCAAAGGUGGAGAAUGUGGUGACCCUGGUUGAAGCCACCAGGAACCAGGUGAAACACCGAUAUCGGAUCAUAAUAGGUAAUACAUCGAAGUACGCUCCGGGUGCGUCGUCCGCGGACAGGUCGACGCACACUUGGCUGCUUUAUGUGCGAGGUGCUGCUGCAGUACUGCGCGCUGUCGCCGUGCGCCUUCACCACUCCUAUGCUCCACACCACCUCGUGCGCAUAGACAAGCCUCCAUUUCAGGUGUCGCGGCGCGGCUGGGGCGAGUUCCCGGCGCGCGUGGAGCUGCACUUCGCGCUGCCCGAGCGCAACCCGCCAGCAGCGCUCGACCACACCAUCCGCCUCGACCGUCACCGCACCGGACUGCAGACACUAGGUGCAGAGACAGUUGUGGAUGUGUGGCUGUACAGUACCUCAGAAAUGUUGGAGCACGAAUACAAAGAUGACAUUCCCUCCAGUUUGCCGCUGGACACAGGAGAUAAGGAAGAUUCUAGUGAUAAACACACUGACGAUAAUUCUACCGCACCCACCGAUGUAACAGAUGUUAAACUGAAUGAUUCAAAUAAUUUAGAAAAAUUAAACGACAGUUGGUUAGAAUUCUUCUCAAAAGACAGCACCGAACUGAAUGUUGAUGAGAUGUUAAUAAAAGACGAGGAUAUUAAAAAAGAAGCAAUGGAUUAUGAAAGUAUAGAUAAUAAUCCAACUCUAGUUUUAAACGAUAAAUUGAAAAUUGAAUCUAAUACUCAAAAAUCCAUUUUAUACGAUGAACUAACAAAGGAUAGUAAUAAGGAAGUUAAAGUAGAACCCACCGAAGAAUUGCCAAAAGAAAUAUUAAAGCAUCCGGAAUGCUUCAAAAAGAGAAUCAUGAAAUAUAUGGAUCCAACGACAAAGAAAAUAUAUUAUUUAGAAAUGGACAGAGAACUGGAUUUAUCUAAAGUGCAAGAGAUAGUAAUAAAUUCACAGAGUAAAGCUAAAACGACAAAAAUCAGUCCGAUUAAAUCAAAUGGACUCAAACAUGUUCGUAAACAUAAAAGUAAAAUACUCAACCAUAACAAUGUGAAUGUGAAACGUGAAAGUUUUAAUAAUUUUUCUCAUAUAGAGAACGAUCAUUGUUACGUGAAAACGCCCACACAAAAUGUCGUCAUAAAACAAGAAAAAAUGCAAGUAGAAAAUUAUAUGAAUACGGAAAGUUUAAAGCCCUGUGAUGAAGGCAACUUGUACGACAUGCUGUGUGCCGCUGUGUUGAGGUUCCCCUGUGUCAGAAUGGCUGUCAGCUAUCUCCUCAAGAAGAUACCUCUCAUUACAGUCAAAGCGAAAGAUCCAGAUUUCGUUAAAUACUUUCCAUUCGUUGUUGAAAGUGAAGAUAUAUAUUGGAAAUUAGAUUUUGCUAAGCGAAGAAAUAUUGAAUGGUCAAGAGCAAAGUUAGUCAACAAGAUGAUGGUACAGUUCCUAGUGACGGAUGAUCAGAUUUGGAGAACUAAACAGAUCCUGAUAUACUCCAGAUUGCAUGGCUAUCAUCCGGUGAGGAGUGAGAACAUCCCACAGCGCACCAGCCAGGACUGGUGGACCUCCUGGAACCUCACAGAUGCCCACCACACCGACACACCGCCCGAUAGUUCCUCAAACUGGGAGUUUAACUCAUUAACUAUAUUUAAUGGUGAUGAGUUUGCAAACAGUUCCUUGUCGGAAUCAGUUAUAUCAGAAUCCGACGAAGAAAUAGACAUAGUGAAUAGUGAAAGUACAGUGAAAGUGAAAAGUGAAGUGAUUCCGGAGACUAGUUUGGAAGUGAUGCCUGUGGAGAACGAGGAGGACAGGCUCAGGUUCCUGUUUGUUGAGAAGAAGUGUGCGGACAUCGGUAUAGAGCUUAGGAACGAAGAUAUUGGAAAUGGAUACUCGUACAGCGCAGUGCACGCGGUGCUGGUGAGCGCAGUGCGCAGCCUGGCCGAGGAGCUGGUGCGGUCAGCGCGCGCCGCCGCACUCGCCCCGGACCCUCCAGCACUGCCCCACGUCUGGACAGGGUCUGGUCGCGAGGUGUGUGCGGGCGCGCGCGAGGUGUGCGCGGGCGCGCGCCGCUCCGGCCGCCUGCACGCGCUCACGGCGCGCUGGCUGGCCGCGCCGCCCCGCACACCCCACACACUAUAA